UGUUGUAUGUGUUUUGUGCACAGUUAAAGAAAUGUCCCCAUUCCAGCCCCCUAUGGUUGCUUCUGUCCAGACUUGAAGAGAAAGCUGGCAACCUUACAAGAGCCCGAGCCAUACUAGAGAAAGCACGCCUGAAAAACCCACAGAAUCCGGAGUUAUGGUUGGAAUCUGUAAGAUUGGAAUAUAGGGCUGGCCUGAAGAAUAUUUCAAAUACAUUAAUGGCAAAGGCUCUUCAAGAAUGUUCAAACUCUGGUAUACUUUGGGCUGAAGCUGUUUUCUUGGAAGCAAGACCACAAAGAAAGACCAAAAGUGUCGAUGCUCUGAAGAAAUGUGAGCAUGAUCCUCAUGUCCUCCUGGCGGUGGCCAAAUUGUUUUGGAGUGAGCGUAAGAUAACCAAGGCCAGAGAAUGGUUCCACAGGACUGUGAAAAUCGACCCUGACCUGGGAGAUGCUUGGGCUUUGUUUUAUAAAUUUGAGUUGCAGCACGGCACGGAGGAGCAGCACGAGGACGUAAAAAGGCGGUGUGAAAACGCAGAGCCGAGACACGGGGAGCUGUGGUGUGAAGUAUCCAAAGACAUCAGGAACUGGCAGAGAAAGAUCGGGGAGAUUCUUGUGCUCGUGGCCACUCAAAUAAAAAAUACAUUUUGAAUGAAUGUGUCGAGAUAUUAGUGUUUAUAUUUUUUAUUGGAAUAGUCGAUAGUACUUUAGCGCAGAGAUCAGAAUCUGUGCUCUGUCUUCCUGUCCCCUGUGUAAUUUAAUUACAUGAUAUUUAUCCCAACUUUCCUGCACCUUUUUCUGCCGGGUAAGAGUUUUGUCAUUGUGUACGAUACUUUUGUUUUUAAAUGAAUGAGUGGUAUUGACCAGUGGGGACUUUUAUUUUAAAAAGCUAACUUGAUGCCGUUUAGUGUAGGAGCUGUUAAACGUUAAAGGGAUAGACUGUGAAGUUAAAUAUCAUUUUAAGAAUUGAUCCUAUUGCUGUAGAAAACAUAAAUGAUACGAGCAAAAGUGUGAAAUAUUUCAAUGUUUUGUCUGAGCAAGUUGUUUAAAUUUCCUUUAUUAUCUGUCAAAGGACAUGUAAGCAUGUUUACUUUUUAAUAAAGAUUUAAAGUGAAAUUAA